ACUUCCCCUCUUGUCAUUCUUAGCUUUCGUCCUCUCUACGCUGUCCAGAGACGGAAGUUAAAAAGCACAAGAAUACAACCAGAGAAGACUGAAGACCACCCAACCCAAGCUGGAAUUUAGGGCUCCGUAGCUGCCAUCAUUGUGCGGCUUCAGCUCCCUGGAAUUCGACGCUAAAUUCCUGGGUUUCGCCGGACUUUAUUUGACUGGUUCCUAAAAAAGGUCGACGGUUACGUCGGUAGGGUCCUGAUUGUUCGUGGGGAAGACUGGGGCAUGAAUUUUGACUGACUGCGGCUUCCAUUUGAGUUAUGAUUAUUGUAUUUGAUUCUCUCUUUCCCCCGUUUUUCUUGGCGGUGGAAGGGUUGAAUUGAGUUUAGAAGUGAAGAAGUCGAAACAGAGAACGGAACACUGAACUGUGUGAAAUCGUUGUCGUUUAUUUUUGGUUUGCUUCUGAUUGUUCGACUCUUGGGAAAGGAUAUGGAACGACUGUGGUUAAAGACGGCAUUUUUAAUAUGUUUAUUUGCAGCUUCUGGUGCCAGAGAGCUUAAAGCGAACAACAGGGACCAUCUUCCUGUAUACAAUCACACUCUUGCCACAAUAUUAGUGGAGUAUGCAUCUGCGGUAUACAUGUCAGAUCUAACAGAACUAUUUACUUGGACAUGCUCAAGAUGUGAUCACAUGACCAAGGGAUUUGAAAUUAUAGAGUUGAUUGUUGAUGUCCAGCACUGUUUACAGGCAUUUAUUGGUGUAGCACAGGAUCUUGAUGCCAUUGUGAUUGCAUUUAGGGGCACUCAGGAACACAGCAUGCAGAAUUGGAUUGAGGACCUAUUCUGGAAACAACUAGAUCUAAACUACCCAGGCAUGCCUGAAGCUAUGGUUCACCAUGGAUUUUAUACUGCUUACCAUAACACAACAUUACGACCUGAGGUUAUACAUGCAGUUAAAAGAGCCAAGAAAUUUUAUGGGGACCUUGACAUCAUGGUGACAGGGCACUCAAUGGGAGGGGCAAUGGCAUCCUUCUGUGCACUUGAUCUCGUGGUUAACUAUGGGGCCCAUAAUGUCCAGGUAAUGACAUUUGGACAACCCCGUAUUGGUAAUGCAGUUUUUGUAUCCUACUACAGAAAACAUGUGCCAAAUACAAUCCGUGUGACGCAUGCACAUGAUAUUGUGCCUCAUUUGCCUCCAUACUAUGCUUAUUUCCCACAGAAGACAUACCAGCACUUCCCAAGAGAGGUUUGGCUCUACGAAAUUGCUUUGGGAAGCCUGGUAUGUACAGCCGAGAAGGUUUGCGAUGGUUCCGGUGAAGAUUCUUCUUGUAGCAGAUCUGUUACAGGCAACAGCAUCACAGAUCACUUAAAGUACUUUGGUGUUGAACUACAAGCUGAGACAUGGAGUUCUUGCAGAAUUGUGAUGAGCAAUAACAUGUUAAGCUAUAGCACAACGGACCUCAAUGGGAACAUAAUUUUAUCAAGGGACCCUGGUACUUCUGCCUUGGAGCUUCGUAUGAAAAUGGGGAAAGGCAGCAGCUCUGUUUUGUAAUAUAUUUGGGAUCACCUAGUGAUGUGUUGUAAGAAAGCUGCAAAGAAUUGUAGGGUUUCUUGUUUCAAAGGGAGCUAAUGGAGAUUCUUGCAGUUGGGAGUGGGAAAGGAGUUUGUAUAUAAUUGUUGUUAACAUUAUGUACAUUUUCACCCGUCUAUUAAUGACUUCCAGAUUUCAGCGUAUUUGAGAUA